AUACUGUACUUCAAUACACUACAGUAUUAUUACUGAUAUUAUUGUUUUAUUCAAUUCAAUUCACAAUUCAUUAACAAUUAUAUAACCCAUAACUUAUUGAAUACAUUUACCAAUCAAUCAAUCAUUUACUAGUUAUAACGCCGCCACCACCACCACCACCACAAAGAUGACAUCACAACUGGAUACGGGAUCGUUGGAUUUUGCACUGGCCGUUAGCCGCGAACUAGUCAAUCAAGACUCCGCGCGCAAUCUAGUAUUUUCCCCAUUUUCGUUGUCCACUGCACUGACCAUGACGUUGAUGGGCUCCCGGGGCAGGACUGGCGAAGAACUAUCGCGUGUCCUGUUAGGCAAGUCGUAUACGGCCGACGGUUAUAAAUCGUUGGCCAACGAAUAUCAUUCGCUAGUCGAUCGCGUUUUGAAGGCCAAUUCGGGUAUACUAUUGUCGGCCAACUAUUUGUACGCACAUAAGUCGUAUCCGAUACGCAAAGACUAUCGGCAAAUGAUUGAACAGUCUUUCGCUGGUAAAGCCCGUGAUGUUGACUUCGAAGGACAGCCACAAUCGGCUGUUAAGACCAUCAAUUCGGACGUAUCCGAUGCGACUAAAGGCAAAAUUAAGACCCUGUUCGACGAUAUCGAUUCGGCUACGAAACUGAUUCUUGUAAAUGCCCUCUACUUCAAGGGUCUGUGGAAGACGCCGUUCAAAACCAAAGAUACUAAACCCAGAAAGUUUACCACUGCUCGCAACGAUAUACUCGACGUACCGACUAUGCACCAGAAGGUUAAGGUACCGUUUAUGGUACACGACGACCUCAACUUGUCGGCUAUUGAACUGACCUACGAUAAAAGUAACUGUGCAAUGUUGAUACUGUUACCGAAUACCGGUGUUACAUUGGAAUCAAUGAUUGGCAAGUUAACCGCCGAAACAUUAAGCCAGAUUGUCGGCAGUCUAACGCCGCAAAAGUUGGACAUUUAUUUACCGAAAUUCAAGUUGGAAUCAAUAUUGCCGUUGAUACCGACACUGACCCAUCUGGGCAUUCAGGAUAUAUUCAAUUCGGAAGUGGCCGACUUUUCGGCAAUGACUUCCGAUCCGAUGGGUCUCUAUGUCGGCGAAGUACUUCAGAAGGCGGUCAUCGAGGUCAACGAAGAGGGUACCGAAGCGGCUGCAGCUACCAGUGUUGCAAUGAUGGCCCGAUCGAUGGACUUUCCCGAAUCAUUUGAGGCCAAUCGUCCGUUUAUGUUCCUAUUGGUCAGCAAAUACGAGCCGAAAAAGAGUACCCUAUUGUUUGCCGGAAUCGUUAACAAUCCAUUGACCGCUUAAAGUAGUAAAUAGUAAAUAAUAAUAAUAAUAAUUUAUGAAAAAUAAUUUAUAUAUAUAUUUAUAUAUAAUUUGUUUUUUUUCACACACUAUUUAAAA